AUGAGCAUAGGCAUCGGCCUAGUGGCCUGUGGCGUAUCGUCCGUCUUCUUCGGUACGAUGUUCGUUCCGGUCAGGAAGUACGAUGCCGGAGAUGGAAUGUUCACCCAAUGGGUAAUUUCAACCGCAAUCUUGAUGGUCGGCUUCGGCGUCUUCUGUCUUCAAGAAUUUCCAGGCUUCUACCCGUUGGCAAUGUUGGGAGGAGCGUUUUGGGCAAUCGGUAAUGAACAAUUUUUUAAACGAUAUCAGAAAAAAGUUCAGGCUCCGAAAAAGUCGCUGUUAGAUUUUGAACUGUUGCUGAGGCCAAUUGGUCAAGGCACGUACCAUUCAUUCGGCUUCAUCCCACAGGGAACGCCACAGGCAAUACCGAUCAUCUCUAGGCUUGGAAUGACCGUCGGCAUUCUAAUUUGGAACACAACGAAUUGUCUGACUGGUUGGGCUGGAGGAAGGUUCGGCCUCUUCGGCAUGAAAGCUCAUCCACCUGCCAGCAGCAUCCUAAACUACGCAGGAUUGGUUUUUGUAAUUAUAGGGGGCAUCCUGUUUUCAAGAGUCAAGAGCGAGACUGGCACGAGCGAAAAAGAGGCUGUAACCCUCAGCUACACCAGGAGAACGUCCAAAGAUGAUGUCAAUGGAGUCGAAACAGCUCGUCUUACCCAUGAGGAGACGCCACCUGAAGUGGAGUUCAGCGGUGGUGAAAAGUGUGUGACUCGUUCCAGUCACAAUGGAAAGCAAAGGAUAAUCGGUAUUGCCAUGGCUCUUGUUGCCGGUGUUUUUUAUGGGAUGACAUUUGUACCGGUCAUCUACAUGAUGGACAACCCAGAAAAAUUCCCAAAUUAUCCAGAUGAUGGACUCACUUACGUGUUCUCUCACUAUUUUGGAAUCUUUCUUACCUCUACUGUGAUGUUCGUCGCUUACGCCAUGGUCAAGUUAGUCUUCCGAUGCUUACGUUUUACCUUCAAAUACAGUGCUUACCUGUUCAAUUGUGUGUAA